AUGUUCAUUUUGUUUAAUGUCUGUCUUCCCUACCAUUAUGUCAGUCUUCGUGAUCUGCGUCCUUCAAUGAUUCUCCGGAAAAGAAUGCUUGAUGUUUUUGCUCCUGAAAAUACCCUCUCCAGGAAAGCCCCAAGCUUAUUGGUGAAUUUACCCAAUAUUUUCUUCCAUUUGGGUUCUCUCUUAUCUCACCCUGCAGACUAUCUUUACGCAAUCCCCGGAAAACUUAGCAGAAGUAUCGUAUCACAUCGAUCCAGUUUACUCAGAUGUCUCAUCUCCCAGCAAGCUAUCAUCACUGUAGAGCAAAGGGUGAAAGUUCGCAUUCAAUCACGUGAAUUUUCUACUAGGUCGCUGAGUGUGCAUCACCCUGAGUUCUAUCGCCGGCGCUUGCCUCCAUUUUGUGUAUCCUUUGCAUCUUCGGAUGGUAAGCGACUGUUCCGAGAGGCCCUAGAAGAUGGCUAUAUGGAGUCUUAUUUUGGACUUGCUUCUCAGCUUCGUACUCAGGUUAGUUGA